GGAGAAUAAGUAGUGUCAGAGCCAGAUAAAUAUCAACUUACAAAUAAAAGACAGACCUUCGUUGCAUCAGAAUAAUGGAGACUGAUGACACCAAGUCCUCACUAGAUGACACCUACUACUCAUUAGAUGACACCUACUACUCAUUAGAUUACACCAACUUCACUGUGGAUGAACAAGAAGAUGGUAAUUGGGUUGGCAGGGCCUUACAAACAACUUCGCUGGUCAUCUACUGCUUGAUAUUUGCAUUUGGGACUAUUGGCAACAGUCUAGUAAUCUACGUGACAGGCUGCAGGAUGAAGAGAACGGUCAACUCAGUAUGGUUUCUCAACUUGGCCCUGGCUGACUUCCUCUUUUCAACCUUUCUGAUUUUCACAAUCAUUUCUAUCUCUCAGGGGAACCACUGGAUGUUUGGACUAGUAUUAUGCAAGCUGAAAACCUUUGUGAUUGUAGUCAACAUGUUUGCCAGCAUCUUUCUUCUGACAGCCAUAAGUGUGGAUCGUUGCUUCUCAAUCUGGUUCGUGGUGUGGGCACAAAACAAGCGUACCGUUGGCAAAGCCCGGAUCAUAUGCGCUGUCAUCUGGAUUACUGCUGGGGUCUGCAGCGCUCCGUAUGCACAUUUUCGAGAGGUUUGGCCUCAUGGGGAGAAGAUAAUGUGUUAUGCUAUAUCCAAUACACGACAACAGAUUCUUGACAUAUUUCGAUUUGUUAUGGGCUUCCUGAUCCCAUUCCUGGUAAUAUGUGUCUCUUAUGUGGCCAUAGUUGUUCGUGCUGGGCACCUGAAAAAGCCAAGAAAACAGAGAUGUCGCCGGGUAAUGUUCUCUGUCGUUCUUGCAUUCUUCAUCUGCUGGUUGCCCUUCCAUGUUUUUAUUUUUGUACAGUCUUAUAACCCAAAUCUCGAUAUCAUCAUUGUUCAGAUUGUUGGUCCUCUGGUUUUGAGUCUGUGUUUUAUGAACAGCUGCCUGAAUCCCAUUCUCUAUGUUUUCAUGUGUCAUGAAUUCCAGCAGAAGCUCAAGCGAUCCGUGUGCUUUGCACUAGAAAGUGCACUGGCUGAGGACCACUUGUCAUUUACGUCCUCUCGCUCCCUGACAUCCUACCUUUCACGGAUUUCUCGUAAAUCUGACUCUACUGCACCCUAACAGGUGUCUACACUUAUCUCUGACACCCGUUAUUUUGUUGCACCUGUGACAAGUUCCACCUUUUUUGUUAACUAUCAAAUCUAUUUUUGAUGAAAUCACAAAGUCCUCAAGAUCAAUAAUUGUGUAGGGUGUGCUGUGGCCUUGCAAUGUAAAUAUGAAUGUCUGUGUAUAAGAAUUAAUUAUUUUGUACAAUGAAAUUAUACCCAUAAAUUCAUCAGAUAUGGAAAUGCUUAAAAUUACAUGAUAAUGUGCACAGUAAUGUGUUUUUUUUACUUUUAAGUGUUGUAAGCAAUACAAUUUCGAGCUUAUUUACAAAUGUUGUUUUGACAUGCCUCUAUAGCUGCAUAAUACUGUCACACAAAGCUGAGCUUCAAUAACUGCGCUAUACGCAUUUUUGUACAGUGAAUAAAAACAUAUUUUUGAUGA